GCUGGGGAGGGACUUUGGAGGAAGGCAAAGGGAAGGAGAAGAGGGAGAAGAGGCCAGGCUCUUUCCUUCCUGUCCCCCCGGCCCUAAAGCCAAGGGACACGGCUCAAGGGUAUUUCACACUGCUUUGCUGAAGAGGGAGCUGCUGCUCGGGUAGAUUUGCGGGAGGAAUUUGACCCCACUAGCUCUGCUUUGGCGCAAAUGAAUCCUGGGAUGUGUAGUUUGGUGAGGCACCAGCCCUGCUUGGCGGAGAAAACUAAAGGCCUUGGGAAAGUACGGCUCCCAGGAGUCCCUCGCAGUGAGCCAUGGCAAACUGCAUUAAUUUCACAGUGUAACUUCAAAAUUAUAUACAGCCUUUUGUAGUCUUGAGGGUGUCUCCACAAUAAACUUGCCAGACAGUGCUCAGUCCACCUUGUUCUUUAUACUGAUGGAGGCCAAAAUGAAUGUUCUUUAAGCUGCUCCUGGAUAUUACCUAAAUUUGGAGGAAUGUGGGCUGUCCGAAACGUGUAUAGAUCUUCAGCACAAUGGUGCAACUUCAAACAGUGUGGGCCACAAAGUACUCUGCAACUUAAAAUCCAAGACUAUGGCAGUAAAACUGAUAGCAGCUGCAUUUCACAAGAUUUCCACCCCUUAUCCACAUACAGUGUAUCCAUAGGUCAGUAUGCACGGUUGAUAAUGGAUAUGGCAGAGGCUGCCAAUGGGGACGAGGACAAGAUUGCUUAUGACAAAGCAUCAAAGGCACCACAAGGUGGAAGACAUCAUGAGAUGGAAGCCAAAAUGAAACAUAUCAACUUGUCCUUUGCAGCCUGUGGGUUUCUGGGGAUAUACCACCUGGGGGCAGCAUCUGCUCUUUGCAGACAUGGUAAGAAGUUACUGAAGGUUGUCAAGGCCUUUGCCGGAGCUUCUUCUGGAUCUUUGGUUGCUACUGUUCUUUUAACAGUGCCAGAAAAUAUAGAGGAAUGUACAAAAAUUACCUAUGAAUUUGCAGAAGAUACUAGGAAACUGUAUCUGGGAGCCCUCACACCAGGCUUUGAUCUCAUGGGAAAACUUAGGGGCUGCAUUGAUUCGAUUCUCCCUCCUAAUGCUCAUGAGAUAGCAGAAAAUCGCCUCUUUGUAUCAGUCACUAGUGCUAAAAAUGGAAAGAACCAUUUGCUUUCAAAUUUUGCCUCCAGGGAGGAUCUUGUUAAGGUCCUCCUAGCCAGCAGUUUUAUUCCUUUGUAUGCAGGAAUCAAUGCAGUGGAUUAUAAAGGACAGAAAUGGAUUGAUGGUGGUUUAACCGAUGGCCUCCCUAUUCUGCCAAUGGGCCGAACUGUGACUGUUUCUCCCUUUUCUGGACGACUAGAUAUCUGUCCACAAGACAAAGGGCGGAUGGAUGUCUAUGCUAAAGUUGCAAAACAAGACUUAAAGUUGUCCACUGCAAAUUUUGUAAGACUUCACCAGGCUCUGUUUCCUCCAGGCCAGGAGAAAAUGGAAUCACUCUACCAGGAAGGAUAUGAUGAUGCCAUACAUUUUUUACUGAAGGAAAACUGGUUUGAAUAGAUUAUGUGAGUCGAAAAUUAACAGUGUCUGAUGGCUGUCAAAGCAAAGCUACAAACGCUCCACAGAGCCCACGGGAUUGCUGUCACGAUUUCUGUUUAUCUAAAAUGAAUGCCAUAGGACUUGCAUCUGUCGCUGUCAAACAAGUGUUUAUAUUUAGGUGUGUUGGAUGGAAUUGGUAAACAGGUUCAAAUGCAACGGAAUUGGACUUAAUGUAGUAAGCAAUUCUGCUUUUUAAAAAGGAUUGAUUUUGGACUUUGUUUUGGAGGGGAUUUUUUUUCCAAUUGUUUUUGUUCCCAUACAGCAUGCAAGUAUAAUUCAACAAAUUUUAUUUGUUCAUAUUAGUACGAUUUGAGAUUUAUGCUCAGAUUACAGACAGAAAAUAUGAACUGUCAGCAGAGAGUUACUUGUGUUCUUUCACAAUUAAUCCUGUUGGCAUGCCCAUUAAUUGACUUAUUCAUUUUCAUUUUUAAAUCCAGUUGUCGUCGUCCCCCUCCCCUGCUGGUGUACUCUCAAGCAUGAACUCUAAUUACAAAGAAGCUGUGGGAAACAAAACAGCUUAAUUGCAUAUCUUUUAAUUGCUAUGCAUGUGUGUUUUGCUAUUAGUACAUCUUGUUCUUUAAAUAAAUUCCAUAACUUUUAAAAUUUU